AUGCUACGUUAUCUCGAUCACCAUUCUGGGCCAGACUCAGGCCGUAACAAUAUCGUUUCUGUCACAAACACAUUCAAAAUUGAAGGCCCCAACGGCACCCACACAUGCUACGUUUCUCACGUUGGCGGUCCUAGCAUGGCCCAGCUGAUCCGAACUGCGUGGCAGGUGGCGGGAAGCCGGCAGCUGCGCGGCGCCUUAACACAAAGACUGGCAAAACAGCUGACAGAAGCAAAACGUCCUUCUCCGUCUUUUGGCACUGACUCCUGGUCUCUAGAUGAGGUUUAUCGUCAACUUGGCGAUCCUAGGCAAGAAGAGGUCUUCAGCGCAUCCGGAGAGGCGCCCGGCAUCCACGCGCCCAAGUACCUCGUCCAGCCGACAUCAUUUUCCAAGCUCGAACCAAAGCAUUUCUCUCAAGACAUGGUACUCAUCGAUCUAGGCGAAGCCUUCCUCGCAGCGUCUCCACCACGCAAAGGAGAAGGGACCCCCAACAAACAUGCCUCACCAGAGCUACCACUGGCAAAGCAAGCUAGCAUGUGGUCGGAGAACAGGGCCUUUGGCUGCACGAUGUUCGAGAUGCGGUCUGGCUUUCCUUUGUUUGAAUCGUGGCUGGGGAACGAUAGCCAUGUGCUAGAGCAAAUCGUACGGACCUUAGGGAAGCCGCCAGAAUCUUUGUGUGCUGCUUUUGAGAAACGAGGUACUGCGGUGACGAAUGUGAAGGGAGCCGGCCGAUACUCUCUUGUAGACCAGGUGAGCGAGGUCGGAGCAGAAGAUGAGCCGCCAUUGAGAGGAGAAGCACCCACCAGACCUUGGAUGGAAGCACCUGAUACUAGACCGUCUUCCGAGGAAGUACGCUGCCUCGCGGGCCUGCUGUAA